AUUCACUAAGAAUCAUAGUGAUAAACUGGUAGUGGUUCUAAAAUGGCCAACAACGGGGCUACAGCAAAAAUUCCAGUUAAAAAACAAACACUGGAAGAUGCCUACUCUCCUCCAGCUAAUUUCCUAGAAAUAGAUGUUAUUGACCCUCAAACCCAUGGCGUUGGCAAAAAAAGAUAUACGGAUUAUGAAGUUAGAAUGAAAACUAAUUUGCCGGUGUUUAAAGUAAAAGAAUCGAGCGUUAGAAGGAGAUAUAGUGACUUUGAUUGGUUAAAAGUCGAACUUGAAAGAGAUAGCAAGAUUGUUGUCCCGCCACUCCCACCGAAAGCUUGGUCAAGGCAACUUCCUUUCCGAGGAGAUGAUGGCAUUUUUGAAGAUGAAUUCAUCGAUGAACGUCGUAGGGGACUAGAAACAUUUAUCAACAAAGUUGCUGGCCAUCCAUUAGCGCAGAACGAAAGAUGCCUUCACAUGUUCUUGCAGGAACCAGUUAUUGAUAAAAACUACAUUCCUGGAAAAGUUCGACUAACUUAA